AUGGCAACAACUGCUGUUCUUACGACAACAACGACUGCGGCACCAUCUACAAUAACUACAACUUCAGGGCCUACGACAACCACAACAACAAAACCUACAACAACUCCUACAACAACUGUAGCUCCCACGACAACUGCAGCUCCUACAACAACUUUAGCAUCUACUUCAACCACAGCAGAUGCCCCUACGACAGCCACUGCAGCCCUAACUACAACAACUGCUGUUCCUACGACCACUACAAUUCCAGAACUUACUACGACAACUAGUGCAGCUCCUACUACAACAGCUGUUCUUACGACAACAACGACUGCGGCACCUUCUACAACAACUACAACUUCAGCUCCUACGACAACCACAACAACAGCACCUACUACAACACCUGCAGAUCCUACAACUGUAGCUCCGACGAUCACUCCACCUGCAGUACUUACUACAACAAUCACAACUACAGGUCCUGAUACAACAACUGUAGCUUCUACUUCAACCACAGCAGCUGCAUCUAUGACAACCACUGCAGCUCUAACUACAACAACUGCUGCUCAAACGACCACUACAACUCCAGAAACUAUUACGACAACCACUGCAGCUCCUGCUACAACUACAACUUCAGCUCCUACGACAACCACAACAACAGCAACUACAACAACUGUAGCUCCUACAACAACUUUAGCGUCCACUUCAACCACAGCAGCUGCCUCUACGACAACCACUGCAGCUCUAACUACAACAACUGCUGUUCCUACGACCACUGCAACUCCAGAACCUAUUACGACAACCAGUGCAGCUCCUACUACAACAACUGCUGUUCUAACGACCACAGUGACUGCAGCACCUUCUACAACAACUACAACUUCAGCGCCUACGACAACCACAACAGCAACACCUACAACAACUGUAGUUCCCACGACAACUGCAGCUCCUACAACAACUUUAUCAUCUACUUCAACCACAGCAGCUGCCUCUACGACAACCACUGCAGCUCUAACUACGACAACUGCUGCUCAAACGACCACUACAACUCCAGAACCUAUUACGACAACAACUGCAGCUCCUGCUACAACAACUACAUCUUCAGCUCCUACGACAACCACAACAGCUACACCUACAACAACUGUAGCUCCCACGCCAACUGCAGCUCCUACAACAACUUUACCAUCUACUUCAACCACAGCAGCUGCCUCUACGACA